GUUGUUUGCCAUUACCGGAAACGCUGAUCCUUAACGCUUCUUUUGCGCACGCGCGGCCUUCUUCUUCCUUUCCGACACUCGAGCGAGAGAGUCAAGAUGGGCCAUCAACAGCUCUAUUGGAGUCACCCCAGAAAAUUCGGACAGGGAUCCAGAUCCUGCCGAGUAUGCUCAAACAGACAUGGUCUGAUCCGUAAAUACGGACUCAACAUGUGCCGCCAGUGCUUCAGGCAGUAUGCUAAAGACAUCGGCUUUGUAAAGCUGGACUAGACUAUGUGCUGAAACAUCCACAGAUGACUGAAGAGUUCUGUGGAAAGUCUGCCGACAUGAUUGGAUAAAUCAGUUCUGCAAAUAAAUGUUUUUGUUCCUAAUCGA